AUGACAGAAUCAGUACCUCUGGUAGAAAAGAAGGAAAUGAACACUCGCUCAGUCAACGUCAUAGAACAGAUGGAUUUAGACCCCAAUCCAAACUGGAAAUGCGAAAAAGGCCCAAAACCAGACCAAUGUAUACCUGCAUACAUACCAGAAGACCAAGACGAUUAUAGGAUAAGAUGCUCUAAGUGUGCUUCAAGACACGAAGAAGAAGUUUAUUACCAAGAAAAGAAGACCCUCUAUGAAGAACUAAAGUACAGUGCCCACAGCAAUGGCUGUAGAAACUUCUACCAAUACCAAAUGGAAUAUGCGAAUGUAGUAGACGCAUAUGAGAUGUAUGUAAAGGGGACGGAACUAAAACCCAGCGGUGAUGUAGUCCUAGGAAAAGUAGUCUACGGAAACGUUGGCCUAGACUUUACCAAGUACCACCCGGAGUGGAAGGCAAUUAGCAAGAGGAAGAGAGACCGUUACUAUGAGGAACAAACGGCAAAAUGGACAAGGAUUUUCCCACUACCUUCAGAAGAUGAUGAGAUGGAAAUCGAUGCUAAGAAACUCUACAAUCAAAAGCAUCAGAAGAAAGAAGUCUACAACUUAGAA